CCUGUGAGCACACUGACAACUCUUGCCCUUUCUUUUCUUUCCUUUUGUUUGCUUCCACUGCCGUCUGCUUCCACUUUGAAGCCUCUAAAAAGUGCGCGACGGUUUUCACAUAUUAUCUGCGAGCAGAUAAAUAAUCUCUCCUUUAUUUCUAGCGACGACAGAGCCGAUCGUAUUCUCCGACGACCCCUGACGACCACGGGCUUUGCGACAGCUCCUAUUGUAUACAAGUUAGCGCUGUGUCCCGACACUGUUCUUGAUUCUGUCAUACCUGAUAAGGUGUUAUAUUCGACUUUAGCUCUAAAUUCCAACCUGAAACCCUCACCGUGACGCCGAAUACCCGACUGGUCUCUAGAGCCCAACAUGCGACCUCUUCACUUUGCCCUCGUUGCCAGCUCAGCCCUUGUUGCAUGGGCUGAGACGGCCACAGAAACUUUGUUCGAUGGUGUUUCCGUGCCUGAAUUCAUCGAACUCACUCCCACAACUUGGGAUGAUGAAAUGAAAAAGUCCAAGUUCAUAAUGGUUAAGCACUUUAGCCCGUGGUGUGCCCACUGUCAAGCAUUUGCCCCUACCUUCCAGACUCUUUACGAGUUUUACUACACAUCGAAGCCUGGUCAUAAUGGCAAGGAGGAAGGCUCAUUCACAGACUAUUACGGUUUCCGAUUCGCCGCCGUCGACUGCAAUGUUUACAGCGAUCUGUGCAUCGAGCACAAGGUAGAGCGUUACCCCACGACCGUCAUAUACGCUGAUGGAAAGCCCGUCGAAAGCAUCGCCGGUGGAAAGACCAUGAACGAACUUAGCGAAGCCAUUGAAAAGGUCCUCAACGGGGCCAUGCCCGGAUCGCGCCCCAAGUCCCUCGCUCUCCCUGAGCCUGGAGAUAAGACUUCCCCGGUUCAAGCAUCGUCUCAAAACCUUAAGGCUGCCAAGAACAUGAACGCAGAUGGACUGUCCAUGUCGCUCACCGGUGAGACUUUCCAGAAGCACGUUACUUUGACUCAAGACCCUUGGUUUAUCAAGUUUUACGCCCCUUGGUGCCAUCAUUGCCAGAACCUUGCUCCCACCUGGGCACAGCUGGCAGAAAACAUGCGCGACAAGCUCAAUAUCGGUGAGGUCAACUGUGACCAGGAGAAGCGUCUGUGCAAAGAUGUCGGCGUCAAAGGUUACCCUAGCAUCUUUUACUUCCAGAAUGGCCAGCGCUCCGAGUAUGAAGGACUCCGUGGCUUCAGCGACUUGACAAAGUACGCAAGCGAUGCUCUUGAUUUAGCAAACGGGAUUCCCGACGUCGAUGCCAAACAAUUUGCCCAGCUUGAGGCGAAGGAACCCGUUAUCUUUGUGUACUUUUACGACCAGGCUACCACCAGCGAGGAUUUCCAGGCCCUGGACCGCAUCCCUUUGAGCCUUGUGGGCCACGCCAAGCUUGUCAAGACAAAGGAUCGCGAGUUGGUCAACCGCUUCAAGAUCAGCACCUGGCCACGCUUGAUGGUUGCUAGAGAGGGCCGCGCAACCUACUAUUCUCCCCUUACCCCCAACGAGAUGCGCGAUGUGCGUGCAGUCUUGACCUGGAUGAAGUCGGUAUGGCUGCCACUGAUUCCAGAGCUCACGGUCACGAACGCUAGACAGAUCAUGGAUAACAAGCUGGUUGUUCUUGGCAUCUUGGACCGCAACAAUGAUCGUACUUUUGAAGGCUCCCUCAAGGAAAUGAAGUCAGCUGCCAACGAGUGGAUGGACCGACAAAUUCAAGAAUUCCAGCUCGAGCGAAAGAAGCUGCGUGAUGCCAAGCAGAUGAGAAUUGAGGAAGCCGAAGACCGAGACGACCAGCGUGCUCUCCGUGCCGCCAAGGCGCUCCGCAUCAACAUGGACACCUCAAGCCGCAAGGAGGUGUCUUUCGCAUGGGCUGAUGGUGCUUUCUGGCAGCGGUGGAUCCGUACCACGUACGGUAUCGAUGUCAAGGACGGAGAACGCAUUAUCAUCAAUGAUCAGCAUGCCCGUAAAUACUUUGACACCACCGCCACAGGAAACUACAUCAUGGUUAGCCGAACAUCCAUCAUGGAGACGCUUGACAAGAUCGUCAACGGUCCCAAUCCCAUCAAGCCCAAGUACACUGUUGGCUUUGUCGAGAAGUUUUUCCUUGACAUUCGUGAGAUGUUUGUUGAGCACACCUUCGUUACCUUGCUUUGCAUCGGCAUUGUAGGAUACAUUGCUUUCACAUGGUACCGGGGUCGCAACCGUGGUCGUGGCCGUGCCCGUGGUGUAUCGUUCCGUGCCGAUGAUCCCCGCGGAAUGAAGGACAUGAAGGACGGCCUAUUGGGAAGCGUUUCAAAUGGUAACCAGAAGUCUGAUUAAUUACCUUUCAGCUGGAUGGAUGGCUUGUAAAAAAAAAGAAGAAGAAUGGGAAAAGAGACAAUCAGGGGAUCUUGGAUAUGAAUCACAUCGCUUUGCCAGUGUGUCUUUUUAUGUUUUUGGGGGUCUCAUACCGCGUUACCGACACUGCAAUCCUGAGGCAGAGCCAUCUCAAGAAUUAUGCCGACGGUGAUGUGCUCUUGGUCGAGACGACAGAAGCCGCCAAGAGCAUAUACACAAGCAGCUCGACAGGAGUUUGGGGGUUCCACGUGAUGGCGCGGAUUGCACUUUGCCUCUCUUUUAUUAAUAUAUUUGCGUUGUUUACAAAUACAUAUUUACAUUCACGUCUCUCUUUGCUCGGUAGCCCUAUGAGCCUUAUAAGUUAGAAGAGGCACAUCAGCACUUCAAAAAUCAACAUCAGCGUCACUGAUGUGUGCCACGUCAUACAAUAUGCUAAGGAUAUGCAAUUAAUUUACAGAUGCCAGAAAUUUUUGUAAACCUAAGAAGAGAGUUGUCGCUCUUUAUCCCCUUUUGCUUAAAAUUGGCGGUCUACUGUAU